AUGAGCGACCGAUCGGACUGGCCGCGGGUCUUGGCGGAGAGGAAGAAGAGUUCGAGCUCGGUGUCGAAGUCGUCGAGGUCGUCCACGUCGAGGUCGAAGCCGAAAGUUCCGGACGAGGAGCUGGAUCCGAUCGACGCCAUCGCGCGCGCGAGCGGCGUGCAGCUCACGGUCGAUCAGAGCGACAGCGAAGACUCGUUAGACGAGCUCAUGUGCGCGACGACAUCGAACGUCGCGCGCGCGUUCGAAUCGCCGCCGGAGACGGAGGAGGAGGAGGGAUCCCAACGGGCGUCCAUCGCGUCAAUCGGGUCGAACGGGAUGAAGCGCGAGCUCGACGCGGCGCGCGCGCGGAUUCGAGCGUUCGAGGACGAGGUGGACGCGCUGAGGGACGAGAACGCGCGGCUGCGAGAGGCGCUCGACGCGAGCGGCGGCGGCGCGGUGGCGGCGCCGGAGGUUGUCUCCGCGUCGGCGGACUACGAAUCGUGA